AGGGGUGCCAGGGAGCUGAGCGUACUAGAUUGGUUUGAGUCCCACAAGGUCACAGGACUGGCAUUCAGCUAAGCAGGCAUGUAAAUAUAGCUUCAUGAAAGGCAUGCCAUGGAUUAUGUCUUAGGACUCUCAGAUUUCGUCUUCACCCUGAAGCGAUUGUGAUGUAUGGAGAGCUGGUAACCGGGUGGCCAGACUUCAGGUGUUAAGUGCAUAUUCAGAACUCACUCAAGUCUGGGUUCGUCGUCACUUCACGUCUCUUGAGAUCUCUCUCGCUUGUUUCUUUCGAUUUGGAUUAUCUCUGAAGAUCUGAGGAAAGUUUGAUGGGUGAUAUGUUGUAAGUGACAGAUAACUUUAUAAUACAGGAUCCAUCGUGUGAGGUUUGAGACAGCAUCAUGGAUGCAUUAGCUUUAGAGGCGAAAAGUGCUAAGAGUGAAAGCACACCUGCUCCUGCACCUGCGCCCCACAAACCUAGACCAAAACCUCCUAAAAAACCUAAACGUAUAGUUUACUUUGAGGUGGAGAUACUGGAUGCCAAGACCAGGGAGAAACUAUUGCUACUGGAUAAGGUCGAGCCAACGGCAACUAUUUUGGACAUUAAGUCAAUGUUCCACAAAUCAAAUCCACAUUGGUACGCUGCCAGACAGUCUUUGUGCCUGGAUCCAAAAGGAAAACCUUUACGAGAUGAAGAAAUCUUACAGGACCUUCCUGUGGGAACCACUGCAACCCUUUACUUCAGAGACUUGGGAGCCCAGAUUUCCUGGGGAACUGUGUUUCUAAUCGAGUACAUCGGACCACUUGUCAUAUACCUGCUAUUUUACUUUAGACUUCCUCUUAUCUACGCUCCCAAGUAUGAAUUCACCACCAGUAAGCAUUGGGUUGUGCAUAUAGCCUGUGUGUGUCACUCCUUCCAUUAUGUGAAGCGAAUCUUGGAGACGCUGUUUAUCCAUCGCUUCUCUCAUGGUACCAUGCCGCUGCGCCACAUUUUCAAAAAUUGUUCAUGUUACUGGUGCUUUGCAGCAUGGAUGGCUUAUUACAUCAAUCACCCUCUCUACACACCUCCACUCUGUUUACAUGCAGAUUAUGGAGAAAGGCAGGUGAAGACAGCACUUGUAAUCUUUCUACUCUGUCAAAUCGGCACCUUCUCAAUUCACGUCGCUCUGCGAAAUCUGAGGCCAUCUGGAUCUAAGGUGAAGAAGAUUCCCUAUCCAAACAAGAAUCCAUUUACCUGGAUAUUUGCACUCGUCUCAUGUCCAAACUACACAUAUGAGCUGGGAAUUUGGCUUGGAUUUACAUUGAUGACCCAGUGUGUUCCUGUGUUGUUCUUCACUGUGGUGGGAUUCAUACAGAUGACAGUUUGGGCCAAAGGGAAACAUCGCAGCUACCUGAAGGAGUUUAAAGAGUAUCCAUCACUGCGCUCCCCAAUCUUACCCUUCAUCCCAUAACAGAAACCCCCAAAAUCUCAGUCAUCGAGAAGCAUUCUUUCUUGAACCCGGUCAUUUUUAUAGUAACAGUCAUUUUACGUGAUAACAUACUAUAUAAAGCGCUCAAGACAGAUAUACCUGAGGUCUAUAGAAGAAACAAGUGAUUUCAAAUUCAGGUUAAAUAGCCAAAUUAAUUAAAAAUUACCAGAACAGAUAUUUGGAGAAGACAUUAUUACUAUAAAAACUGAAUUUCAAAGUAAACUUUUUCUAUUGUUUGAAUAGACAAAUCAGUUUUGAAUUUAAUCACAUAUGGAGAAAUGAAUAGAAACCAUGGUUGCCAGAUCUGUGACAAAACCAGCCCACUGACCAAUCAAAACUGAAUUUCAAAGUAAUCUAUAUCUAUUAUUUAAAUAGACAAAUCCUUUUUGGAUUCAAUUACAUAUUGAGAAAAUGAAAAGAAACCAGGGUUGCCAGAUAAGUAUAAAAGAAAACAGCCUAAUGACAAACCAAAACUCAGUUUCAAAGUAUUUUUUUCUAUUAUUUGAAUAGACAAAUCAUUUUUAAAUGUAAUCACAUAUUUAGAAAGUGAAUAGAAACCUUGGUUGCCAGAUCUGUGCAACAAAACCAGCCCAAUGGCCAAUCAAAACUGAAUUUCAAAGUAAACUUUUUCUAUUAUUUAAAUAGACAAAUCAUUUUUAAAUUUAAUCAAAUAUUUAGAAAGUGAAUAGAAACCUUGGUUGCCAGAUCUGUGCAACAAAACCAGCCCAAUGACCAAUCAAAACUGAAUUUUAAAUUAAACUUUUUCUAUUAUUUAAAUAGACAAAUCUUUUUUAAAUUUAAUCACAUAUUUAGAAAGUGAAUAGAAACCUUGGUUGCCAGAUCUGUGCAACAAAACCAGCCCAAUGACCAAUCAAAACUGAAUUUUAAAUUAAACUUUUUCUAUUAUUUAAAUAGACAAAUCAUUUUUAAAUGUAAUCACAUAUUUAGAAAGUGAAUAGAAACCUUGGUUGCCAGAUCUGUGUAAUAAAACCAGCCCAAUGACCAAUCAAAACUGAAUUUCAAAGUAAUUUUUUUCUAUUAUUUGAAUAGACAAAUCAGUUUUGAAUUUAAUCACAUAUGGAGAAAUGAAUAGAAACCAUGGUUGCCAGAUCUGUGACAAAACCAGCCCACUGACCAAUCAAAACUAAAUUUCAAAGUAAUCUUUAUCUAUUAUUUAAAUAGACAAAUCUUUUUUGGAUUCAAUUACAUAUUGAGAAAAUGAAAAGAAACCAGGGUUGCCAGAUAAGUAUAAAAGGAAACAGCCUAAUGACCAAUCAAAACUGAAUUUCAAAGUAAACUUUUUCUACUGUUUGAACAGACAAAUCCUUAAUGAAUUUAAUCACAUAUUGAGAAAGUGAAUAGAAACCAUGGUUGCCAAAUCUGUAUAACAAAACCAUCCCACUAACCAAUCAAAACUGAAUUUUUAAAUUAAACUUUUUCUAUUAUUUAAAUAGACAAAUCCUUUUUAAAUUUAAUCACAUAUUGAGAAAAUGAAUAGAAACCACGGUUGCCAGAUCAGUGUAACAAAACCAGCCCACUGAUCAAUCAAAACUGAAUUUCAAAAUAAACUUUUUCUAUUAUUUAAAUAGACAAAUCCUUUUUACAUUUAAUCACAUAUUGAGAAAAUGAAUAGAAACCAUGGCUGCCAGAUCUGAGUAACAAACCCAGCCCAAUGACCAAUCACAACUGAAUUUCAAAGUAAACUUUUUUCUAUUAUUUAAAUAGACAAAUCCUUUUUAAAUUUAAUCACAUAUUGAGAAAAUGAAUAGAAACCACAGUUGCCAGAUCAGUGUAACAAAACCAUCCCAUUGACCAAUCAAAACUGAAUUUCAAAGUAAACUUUUUUUCUAUUAUUUAAAUAGACAAAUCCUUUUUAAAUUUAAUCACAUAUUGAGAAAAUGAAUAUAAACCACGGUUGCCAGAUCAGUGUAACAAAACCAGCCCACUGACCAAUCAAAACUGAAUGUCAAAGUUAAGUUUUUCUAUUGUUUGAAUAGACAAAUCAUUUUUACAUUUAAUCACAUAUUUAGAAAGUGAAUAGAAUCCGUGGUUGCCAGAUCUGUGUAACAAAGCCAGCCCAAUCAAAACUGAAUUUCAAAGUAAACUAUUCUAUUAUUUAAAUAGACAAAUCAUUUUUAAAUUGAAUCACAUAUUGAGAAAAUAAAUAGAAACCAGGGUUGCCAGAUCAGUGUAACAAGCCAGACCAAUGACCAAUCAAAACUUCCCCACAACUAUCCCAAUGCACAUAUUGCCCAAAACUCAAAUAUUCCACUCCCAUUUUUAAAAUACGUAUUUUACAGUCCAUGUUAUGCAUUACAGUUUCCUUUUGAAAAUCACUGCAUAGUAGUAAUCAUAAACACAGUCUGAUUUCAUAAAUAAAAUCAUCAUAUCUUAACAAUGACAACUGAUGAAUAAAAUCCCUCCCUCCUUUAAACUGGAAAAAUAAUCCACUGCAAUCUUAAAAGCCUAAUUUUGCUGGAAUAAUCUUGGCUUGGCAACCCUAAUGCGGUUUUAUUAUAACAACUGAAAUCAAAACUUGCUUAUAAAUUAAAGAUUACAUGAAUGUGGAGUAAAGAACAUAACAUUUAAGCUUUUCAAGUUUGUUUAAUAUAUAACUAUAAAACACAACCUGUUCAGAAAGCUGUGAAAUUGCCCUUACAUAACAUUCUCUAGUAUGUUCCUAGUUUAUACACACAUGUCUUAAAGAAUAGUUCAAGCAAAAAUGAGUAUUUUGUCAUCAUUUACUCACCCUGAAAUCAGAUCUGGGACACCGUUGUCUUCCAUACAAGGGAAAACAAUACUAUGAAAAUUUAAUGGUGUAUUCCCCAGAAAUAUCCCUUUAAAAUAUAUAUAUAUAUAUA